AUGAACUCUCGAUCGUCCUCGGUCAAUGAGCCCACGCCUGGCGUUCAUCGACGUCCGUCCGUCUCCUCCCGACUGUCCUUUGCGAUUUCGAAUGCCGAGCAGGGCCAGGCUGGAAAUGCGCCCAAUGUUGUCGAGCACCAGAUAGACGAGGAGAUUGAGGAGAUUAAGAGAUAUAAGGUAACUCCGGAACCAUAUUGGGUCCAAGAUGCCGCGAAGGAACAGAUACGGCGGAAGGUUCGACGGAAGGAAACUGCGGGCUUCUUUGAGAGAGGGGGUCGAGCUGGCUGGAGAUAUAAGAUAUGGGAAUCCUACGAAGCGGCGCAAGGUUGGAUUGUGGUUACCCUGAUAGGAGCUGCCAUUGGACUGAAUGCUGCGAUCCUCAAUAUUAUAACGGAAUGGCUUUCAGAUGUGAAGUUGGGCUACUGCAAAACCGCUUUUUAUUUGAAUGAGAGCUUUUGUUGUUGGGGAGAGGAUAACGUAAGGUCAUUUGCACCAUAUGCCGCAGGAUCCGGCAUAUCAGAAAUCAAGUGCAUCAUAGCUGGUUUUGUUAUGAAAGGAUUCCUUGGCUUCUGGACUCUGGUCAUCAAAUCAGUAGCCCUUCCCCUUGCCAUUGCAUCGGGAUUGUCAGUCGGGAAGGAAGGACCGAGUGUCCAUUAUGCCGUGUGUACCGGCAAUGUCAUUUCAAGACUGUUUGAAAAGUACAAACGAAACGCUGCAAAGACGAGAGAAAUUCUCAGUGCCUGUGCUGCAGCAGGAGUAGCCGUAGCUUUCGGCAGCCCGAUUGGAGGAGUGCUAUUCUCGCUCGAAGAAAUGUCAUCGUACUUUCCCCUGAAAACGAUGUGGAGGAGUUACUUCUGCGCGCUGGUCGCGACUGCCACUCUAUCAUUGAUGAAUCCCUUUCGGACCGGCCAGUUGGUCAUGUUCCAAGUUCGAUACGAUCGAUCAUGGCAUUUCUUCGAGGUCUUGUUCUACAUAGUUAUUGGCAUAUUUGGGGGACUUUAUGGAGCCUUUGUCAUAAAGUGGAAUUUAAGAGCGCAGGCAUUUCGAAAGAAAUACCUCACCAAAUACGCCGUGCUGGAAGCAACAUUAUUGGCUACUGGGACUGCCAUUAUUUGUUAUCCAAAUAUGUUCCUCAGGAUAGAUAUGACUGAGAGCAUGGAGAUUUUGUUCUUGGAAUGUGAGGGGGCUGAAGAUUACAAUGGGAUUUGUGAUAGGAAAAAUAGAUGGAGGAUGGUCCUCUCCCUAGCCUUGGCGACAGUUAUACGAGUGUUCCUCGUCAUCAUCUCAUAUGGCUGCAAAGUGCCAGCCGGUAUUUUCGUGCCGUCUAUGGCCAUCGGGGCUUCAUUUGGCAGGACCGUUGGUAUAUUGGUUCAAGCACUCCACGAGGCUUAUCCAGCUUCCGUAUUCUUUUCGGCCUGCCAGCCAGAUGUCCCAUGUAUCACGCCUGGCACAUAUGCCUUCUUAGGAGCAGCAGCAGCGCUCAGCGGUAUCAUGCAUAUUACCGUAUCCGUCGUUGUCAUCAUGUUCGAGCUUACCGGAGCCCUCACAUACAUCUUACCCACCAUGAUCGUGGUCGGCGUCACCAAAGCAGUCAGCGAAAUCUUCGGCAAAGGCGGUAUCGCAGACCGCAUGAUCUGGUUCAACGGCUUCCCCUUCCUCGACAACAAGGAAGAACACACCUUCGGCGUCCCCGUCUCCCAAGUCAUGACCAGCGACCUCACCUUCCUGCCCACGACCGGCCUCGCCAUGAAAGAUGUCGAGAAGCUCCUCCUCGAAGACACGUACCAAGGCUUUCCCAUCGUCGAAGACCGCACCUCGAAAAUCCUCGUAGGCUAUAUCGGCCGCACCGAGCUCCGCUACGCCAUCGACAGAGUCAAACGCGACCGCUCCAUCAGCCCAACAGCUAAAUGCUACUUCAGCCCCCCCGCCUCCUUGAAUCCCACGACUCCAACAUCCUCCGCUGUCACAUUUGAAGGCAUGGCCUCCUCGGCCGUCGACUUCUCCCGCUUCAUCGACGCCACGCCCGUGACCGUGCACCCGCGCCUCCCGCUCGAAACAGUCAUGGAGCUCUUCCGCAAGAUCGGCCCGCGCGUAAUCCUUAUCGAAUACCAUGGUAAGCUGACCGGGCUCGUGACCGUCAAGGACUGUCUGAAGUACCAGUUCAAGGUCGAAGCGAGCGAGAAUCCGAGGGAUGAUCGGCAUUUGGUCGAGGGGCAGGAGAGGCUGUGGGGCGUGCUGAAGAAGGGGGCUGGGUGGAUUAGUGAGCAGCUUCAUAUUGUUAGUCGGGGGAAGAUAAGGAUUGGGAGUGGGAGUGCGCAGGAAGAAUUGAGGUCGCCAGUAAGGGGGCAUGGGAAUGGUAGUGGUAGUGGGCCGACGAGUUAUAUGAUGGAUGGGACGGAGACGGAUGGGGUUAUUGACGAUGGGGUGGAAUUGGAAGAUAGAUAG